UCCCACACACAAAGAACGCCCGCCGCCGACUAUGAAGCAGCCGCCGCCGCCGAUAUACCCGGCGAUGGACAGGGACCUGCUCUUCGAAGUGCUCCGCGUCUACGUGGACGGCGAAGAGAAGAAGCGCGAGCUCGCGGCUACGGGCCUGCGCCUCGACGUCGGCUCGAUGGAGGCGCCGGGUGUCGACCCCAAGCGCGACGACCGCUGGAUGCUCGACGCCCUGAGCGCCGACAAACCUUUCUACGGCUACGACGAGGUGCUACCGCGUCUCCAUGUGCGCAUGAACGAGCCGGUCGUGACGCCGAGCGUUGUCGUCGAGGUGAAGAAGGCGACGACGCCGCACCAGGCCAACAAGCGCAAGUGCUGGACGUGCCGUAGCCGCCUCGCGCUCGCGCCCAUCUCGUGCAAGUGCGGGUACACGUUUUGCCACAGCCACCGGUACCCUGAGAUGCACAACUGCUCGUUCGACUACAAGCGCGAUGGCAAGCGCAAGCUCGAGCUGCUCAACCAGCCGUUCCGCUCGACCAAGCUCGUGCGUGUCUAAGCUGGACAUCCAACCGAUUCACUGCGGCAACCACCCUUUCGUUGCCCGCGAAUAUUGAAGACAUGGACGCGAAUGCCUUCUCUCAAGCUCGCCGUACAUAUUGUGACUAGUUAUUUAUUUCUUAAUUUUAUAUCGCCUCGAGGCUUCCUACAACAGGAAUAGGAGACCCCAUUAAUGUCAACUCCUUUCUACGCUUUGUCUUCUCC